AGCGAACAGCUAGAACGUAGUGUUUAAAUUCUCUUUGACAGGCGACAGCUAGUUCAUUUGUUUCGUCACUUUCGCGCAUUGCAUUCGCAUUUCGCGGCAACUGAACCGCGUUCAGUUCAGUGUAUAGUGCGACAAUUUUUUAUUUUUAACUAUUAUUUAUUAUGUCGUUGCGUUAUCAAGCAGCUCACAAAUAUGUGCCUGUAGAGAUAGAAGAAACGGAUUUGUAUGGUGGUAUAUUUAAAAUCUUAAAAGAAAUAAGACCAAAUUGGUCUCCAGAUAAAAUUAAAUUUAAAUUGUUUACAGAUGGAUUAACUAACAAGUUAGUAGCAUGUGAAUAUAUGGAUAAUAUUGGGGAUGAUAAUAUUUUAUUAGUCAGAAUAUAUGGUAAUAAAACUGAUUUACUUAUUGAUAGAACAGCUGAAGUCAGAAAUAUAACUAUCCUUCAAAAACUUAAUUUAGCACCAAAAAUAUAUGGUGUGUUUGCAAAUGGUUUAGUAUACCAAUACUACCCUGGUGUAACUCUUACAGUUGACUCAGUAAUAAAUAGUAAAAUUGCAGCUCUUAUUGCUAUCCGGAUGGCACAGAUGCACAAAGUGGAGCUGCCUCAAGAAGUAAAGAAAGAACCAAUGGUGUGGGAUAAAAUAGAGCAAUUCUUAAGACUUAUACCGGAAACAUUUUCAAAUUCAACAAAACAAACGAGAUUUGCAAGUAGUUUUGGAUCAAAAACAAGACUGUGGAUAGAGUUUGAGAGACUCAAGUCUCACUUAAUGAGAACCGAGAGCCCGCUAGUGUUUGCUCACAAUGAUUUGCUUCUAGGGAACGUGAUCUACAAUGACUGUAAUGGAACUGUCUCAUUUAUUGACUAUGAGUAUGCCGCUUACAACUAUCAAGCAUACGACAUCGCGAAUCAUUUUAACGAGUUUGUGGGAUUAUCUAUUGACGAUAUUGAUUACGCGAGAUAUCCCAGUGAAGAGUUUCAGAAGUCCUGGAUCCGCACUUACCUUACUGAGUAUCUGACGGUGACCGAUGGCGACGGCCAAGGUGACAUGAUAACACAUGAAAUAGAUAAAGUAUACGAACAAGUGCAGCACUUAUCUCUCGCUUCUCAUUUUUUGUGGGGGAUUUGGUCGAUAGUGCAGUACGAGUUAUCCGAUAUUGAUUUUGAUUUUUGCAGGUAUGCAGAAAUUCGUCUUGGCAGAUAUUUCGAACUGAAAAAUAGUGUUUUCCGAGAGUUGGUAUAGAAACAAGUGAUAAAUUCAAAUGUUUACCAUGAAAUGAUAAUAUAAUAAUCCAAUGAUUUACAACAAGUACAAAAGAUGAUAUAUUGAUUUUUGUUCCUAUAUUAUUUUUAUUGCAACGUUAUUUUGAUUAUGAUAAUAAAGUUAUACAAUUAUUU